GCACACUUUUGAAAACCAGUUACACAUGGCAUGUCCUUGGAGAGCACACACACACACACACACACACACACACCACUCCAUCACUUCGCUGUCACUGAACUUCUUAAGUUUUAACUGAGCAGUUUUUUUCAACACCUCCAAUGAGGAUCUGCAUGACUUCAGUGAAGAGUUUCGUCACAUGAUUUUCCUUUAAUUCAAAAUAGACAUUUUUCUCUUUGUGUCGUUCACACAUCUGCAACCAUGUGCCUUCUGGCAGCUGUGAUGCUGCUUUCAAUACUGGAUUCCAUUUCCUGUGUUCAGUUUGUGGCGCCUUUCAACAUGGGAGGAGUCACAGGGCAGGUGCACUUUAACGCCACCUCCCAGAUGGCCACUGUCAACGUGUCUGGCGCCGGAUCCUGUGGUUCAGUCAACUUCUCCCUCAGCGUGUUCCCCGUCAAGUAUGGCCAUUAUGCUCGGCCCUGUUCUGAGGCAAACAUUGGCUCCAACGUCUACACCUUCACAGCUGAUCCUUCCUCCAACCCCAUCGUCAACGUGUCGCGCCUCCUCGAACGCAACCCAAACCUGGACGACUUCUCACUGACUUUGCAGACAUGCAACGGCACUAAAGUAUGCACGGUUGUAAGUCGAGGUCAAAUGCUCAUGACUCAUCAGGCUAGGUUCACCGGACCCAUCGCGGGUAAUGUUUACAUACGUCUUAACAUAGGACUUAAUGACACCAGGCUGCUCGCAGACCUGGUUACAAUCGGUCAGGUCAACGCCUCAGAAACCAAUGUCACUCUCUUUGGAUCUACAAGCACCGCCGCAAGCUGUAACGUCCUUCUCGGAAGCCUAGCUCCCUCAGCUUUGACCGAUCUAGGUGUCGUACAAGUCGGAAGCCCUUUACAGCCUGAGAAAUCCCGUCUGGACCUGACCAGCUUCAACAGCAACAGUCGCUUUCUUCUCCUCAGCAUGGGGUCAAGUUUCAAGUGUGCACAGAUUUAUAUGGUCCAACGUAAACAGGUGAGCGCUGUUGUGAAUAUGGGAGGGAUCAAAGGAUACUUCAUCUUCUGGCAGGCUUCCCCGUUUGAUGUGACAGUGUUGAGGGUGAACCUGACUAACUUACAGAGCAAAGUCGGUCCUUACCAUGUCCACAUGUUCCCUCUCCCCUCAGUCAGAUCGCCUUCAUCAAGCCGGUGUUCAAAUGAUAAUGUGGGUGGCCACUGGAAUCCAUUUGGUCUCAACACAAAUGACCCAACAUACCCAGGAGGGCCGGGUUCAACCCACGACAAUUAUGAGAUCGGUGACCUUAGUGCCAAACAUAUGUCCCUUGCAGGUCAAAACGAGUCGGACAUGAUGUUCACGGACUUCAACCUCCCUCUGUUUGGACAGAACAGCAUCGUAGGUCGCUCAGUUGUGAUUCACAAAAUAGAUGGUGCCAGGUUUGUUUGUGCCAGCAUUGGCUAUCCCGGUGAAGUGAUCGUAGGCAGAGCCAUUUUUCAGAGCCCUGUGGUCGGUGAGAUCUUGUUCACCCAGCUGACGAACAACCCUCUGUCUGACGUUUCCAUCUUCAUGGAUCUGUCAUAUGGAAAUUCCUCAGCGACCCCCACCCAAAAUCACAACUGGCAUGUUCACACCUACCCCAUCAGCUCAGAGAGGGAUGACGAUGAAGGGCGCUGUAGCACAACAGGAGGACACUGGAACCCCUUUAACAUUAACGCAAGAGACAGUAGCUACGCCCUCCUCUGUGGCCCGUCCAGACCCUUAUCCUGCGAGGUGGGAGACCUCUCCAACAAACACAGCACCAUCAACCUCGGCCCCGGAGUGGGUGGAGUGGAUGCAAAGAACUUUUUCACUGAUGUCACUGCCUGGUUGUCCGGGUCAGGCAUUAUCGGUCGUUCUGUGGUCAUCCAUAGAGCAGAAAGAGGAGGGCCAAGGAUUGCUUGUGCCAACGUCACAAUGGUGCGGGUCCCCAAAGCUAGCUUAGGUAGCUGGUUAGGCGCCCAGAUUCCCGGCGGACAGGUCCGGUUCUCCCAGGCUCUCCCACUAGGUCCCACGAAAAUAAACGUAUCCCUGAUUAACCUAAACUCCUUAGCUGGGGGUUACCAUAUUCACUUACUGCCCCUCAUACCUGGCAGUGCAGAUCCCUGCUCCGCCGCAAACAUCCGAGGCCAUUUCAACCCGUUAGCCGUGAACGUAUCAAACCUCCCCCCACCUGGAGUUGGCACAGUGGACCAAUAUGAGAUUGGGGAUCUCAGCAGGAAGUUUGGUACCCUAAAUGGCCUCAACCAGUUAAAGGCUGUAUACAUGGACUCUAACAUGGCAUUAACUGGACCCUACAGCAUAGUGGGAAGGUCACUGGCGGUUCACUACUCAUCCCACGGAUCAAGAAUGCGAUGUGUCAACAUCUCAGCUGACAGAAAUACAGAUGGACAAUGGACUAUGGCGAAGGCUGUUUUCAACGGUACAGUGAAUGGGACAGUGUAUCUGCGCCAGCAGAUGUUUCCUGAUGGGAGUAGCAGUGAUCUCACAAUGGAGGUGGCCCUUCAAUCAACAAUGCAAGACACAACUAUGGCGUCCAUGUUCAUCACAACCAACCGAGCCGCAGAGACCCGCCAGUGCCAAGGUGUGGGACGCACAUUCAAUCCCUUCAACAUGACAUCAAUGGGCUCCAGCUGUUCCCUAUUAAACCCUCUGAGCUGUGUGGUGGGAGAGGUGUCCCCUAGACACGGCAAUGUCAGCCUGCCUGGGAGAGAGAUCCUCACUGUGAGCAACAUGGAUAUCACUGGAGACUUCACAGUGGUCCACAGAUCUAUAAUGCUGAGGAGCGGAGACACAGUCAUCGCAUGUGCAGACAUCCUCCCAGAAUCCCCUUCAGCAGUCCAGACCUUUCCCUCAGUGGCUAACUUCAGCAGAUAUGACUUCCGUAACAGGGUUGCAAAUGUCCUGCGGAUUGACAUGUCGAGAGUCACCCUCCUGCCCGGCACUCCCAGCCUUGCACCUGUUGGAAACUGCAGUGAAGUCAACUUCAUGUUAUCUGGGACGGUCAGCCAAGAACUCCUCCAGACUGUCAAAACCAGUGAGCUGAUGGGCCCGUUCAGGGAGUCUAACUCAUGUACAAGAAGUUCCUCAGGAAGUGCAGGUCUGCUGCUGAUGCCGGGAACUUUCCUACUGGCCUUGAUGUUUGCUGCCGCCUGCCUGCUGCCAUCCACAGUUUAUUUAUAGCUCACAGAUUGAGCCAAACCUUCAUCAGCGGGGAUGCAUGGAUCCUCAUAUUGUAAAACUGUUAAUAUGUUUAUGAAAUGUAGCUCACCGAAUGAUACGAAGGUCAUCUGAUUCAUUAUCAAGCAAAUCAUAACUGUGUUUCUUUGUACAACUCAAGGUGUGUAGUAAUCAUUUUAGACAACAAGCUCUUCAUUAACUGUUCAGUGUAGCCUUUAUAGAAACUUCAUUUUUCCACAACAGAUAUUGCUGAUAUUUUAUUCAUUUAAUCUGCUAAAUGGGUGGGUGACGUUAAUGCUGUACAUUUUCCGAUAUUCUGACUUUUUUUUCUUCUUUAUGCAGCAUCCAUAUAUUCAUGUCAAAAUGUGUGUAAAUAUCUGGGAAACUGUGAAUAAAAUACAAUAAUGUUUGUACA